CGGCUGUGAGCGCGGUUUCCCAGGCGACCGCGGUCAGCCGCCCACCAUGGAGCGCAGGGUGGUCAAGCCACCGGGGCAGGACUUGGUAGUGGAGCGUCUCAAAAGCCGCUACGGCCUGGCGGGAAGCUGCUGCGUGGAGGAAUAUGACCUGAGUGGUGCAUGGGCUGCUCUGGUGAACCAACAGCAUGAGCUUUCAAAUUUUGAUCAGAAUAAAUAUAAAAGAAGAAUUCUAACCUCCCCAGAAGAUUUGGAUACCUACUGCGCUGGAGAUAAAGGCGGUUCUUCAUUAAGACGUUACUCUGAUGAAAGGAAGCAUCCCAUAACACCUUUCUGCAGUUCCUUCAAACACUUAAAUGUGAACUGCCUAGAUGAUGAACUGGAUUCCUUUAAUAAUUUAAAGAAAUGGGAAACAGAAAAAGAACUAACUGAAGAUGAUCAUAGAGAUGGUGCCUCCAAAAUAACAAAGCAGUCCUUCAGAGAAAUAGAAAAAGACGCCCUGCCGACUAACAUAGCUUCAUCAAGACUCCAUACUGAACACUGCAGUGAUUCUGUUGACUCACCUCUGAAACAAGUCAUUUAUCCAAAAUCCAAAGUGUCAAAUAAGCAGAGUUUACUUCCACAUCAAAUAAAUCAAAUAUAUGAUGAAUUAUUUCACAUCCAUCUGAAACUGCAGUGUGAAACGGUAUCACAGCAGAAAUUUGCCGAAGAACUUCAACAACGAGAACGGUUUUUAGCAGAACGGGAACAGCUGCUCUUCAGACAUGAAACUGCCUUGAGCAAAAUUAAAGGUGUUGAAGAAGAGGUUCAGACGAGAUUUCAGAUUUUGAAGGAGCAACACAGCACAGAAGUUGAACACUUAACAGAAGCUCUUAAGGAAAAGAAUAAAGAGAGCAAGAGAAUGAGGUCCUCGUUUGAUGCGCUGAGAGAGCUGAAUGAUAACUUAAGGAAACAGCUAAAUGAAGUAAGUGAAGAAAACAAGAAGAUGGAGAUUCAGGCAAAAAAAGUUCAAGCUCGUUUAGAUAACCUACAGAGGAAGUACGAGUUUACAACAAUACAGAGACUGAAAGGAGAUUCCCUUGCUGCUCAGGAAAUGAAAAGUUUAAAACAAGAAAAAGUACCGGCUUCAAAACCUUUCAAGACGGCACUCAACGGACAAGUGUAUGAACUGUUAAUUGUUUUCAUGGACUGGAUAUCAGUCCACCAUCUUAGCAAAGUGGAUCCUGAAGAACCUGGUGUAGAUGGUGAAAAACCAUCCUUCAAACCGUCCCAGAGAAGUGAUAUUCAAGAGAAGUGUGUAAAGCUUUUGCCUAUGAUGACAGAGCAGCUCCAGUGGAUGCCAUUGGUGAAUGUCAAACUGCAUGAGCCUUUUGUAAAGUUUAUAUAUUGGUCUCUAAGGCAGCUGCAUGCUGGGACACAGCAUUCAACUAUGACCUCAACAUUGAGGAGGCUGGGUGAAGACAUAUUUAAAGGAGUGGCAAUUAAAGGAACUCAGGAUAAUUCUUUAGAGCAUUCUGUGGAGAACAGACCAAAGACAGCAGCAUUCUUCAAGAGCUCCAACUUGUCACUGAGAUUUUUAUCAACCCUGAUUGUCCUUAAAACAGUCACUCAAGCUGACUACCUAGCUCAAGCAUUUGAUUCCCUUUGUUUGGACUUGAAGACAGAUGAAGGAAAAACCUUAUUUUUAGAGUACCAAGCUGUUCCAGUAAUACUAAAACACCUGAGGAUAUCCAGUAAAGGGCUCUUAUCCAACGUCAUCGAUAGUCUGCUUCAGAUGACAGUAGAAUCAAAGUCCUUGCAACCUUUCCUGGAAGCCUGUAGCAACUCUUUUUUUUUUCGUACUUGUUCUGUGCUGCUCCGAACCCCUAAGCUUGAUCUUCACAUCCUAGAAAAGCUCAGUAUUAUCCUACAGAAGCUUUCAAAAAUCAAGAGUAAUAAGAAGCUCUUUGAAGUUUUUACCAUUCACCUGAUGCUUCAGGAAAUACAAAGAACAACACAUCCAGAGCACGCCUUUCUCUGUAUUAACCUAAAUUCAACUCUGUUCAAUCUGGGUUUGACAAAAUGUAAUCCCCUGGCCUCCAGUACAAACCAUUAGAAAAGUGUGUGUGUGUGUGUGUGUGUGUGUGUGUGUGUGUGUGUGUGUGUGUGUGUGUGUGUGUGUGUGUGGUCUGUGUGUGUAUAUAUGUUCCUUAUCUGUGAAAGUAUAAAAAUCACCAAAGUAUGAUUCUACAGAGUAAAGUUACUGAUAGCUUCAUUUAUCAUGAACAAUAUCAAGAAAGAUUAUACUAAUGUACAAGGUGGCAUUUCCAGAAUUCUUAGCUUUGGGGUUACUUUUUAUGAAAGUAUUUUAGGAAAAACCCUUUCUUGAAAUUAUGUGAUUAUUUGGAAUAUAAUUUGUUCUUAUGUGGAAAUAAACUAUGUUAUCAUUUUUCCCCUUAA